AGCCCACCGGACUCCAGCUAAAUGUACAAUAGAGGUCUCAUGAAAGGCAGUUAAACUUGGCAAACAUCCUACAGAGGCUGUUUGAAGAGGUCCGCACCCAAUCUCUCUCUCUUUUACUCUUUCACUUUCGCCUUUUUCUUCGGGACUUUCCAGUCGAAAGUAGGUCUGUUUAGGAGCCAUGACCAGCAAGUUAGAUUUUCCUCUCCAUGGACCUUCACUUAACAUCGUGAAACAAUGUGGACCCGGUCUGAGUGAUAUCAUUCAAAGCAAAUUUGGAUGUGUGGCCAUCUUUGAUGGCGUAGAUUUUGAAAGCAGGCAGACCACUGCACUGCAGCGAAGGCCAAUAAUUGCCCAACAGAAGAGGCUAGAAGUAACGCUUCCUAAAGGUGUUCAGUUGUCUGUGUGGAAGGCCGAUCUCACCAGCUUCAAGGCAGAUGCUGUUGUGAAUGCUGCCAAUACGCUUCUUAACCAUGGUGGUGGACUUGCUGAAGCGCUGUCCUCUGCUGGUGGUCCACAAAUCCAAAGAGACAGCGAUGACUACAUCAGCAGGAAGGGUGUGUUGAGCACAGGGGAUGCAAUUGUCUUAACUGCUGGUUCACUACCAUGCAAGAAUAUAAUACAUGCUGUAGGCCCACACAUAUCAAAAUUUGCCAACAGUUAUGAAGUUGACAGAGCUGAAUCGCUGUUGCAAAGAACCAUCAGGCACAUCCUUGACAGAGUUAAGGAACACCGUCUCCAGUCUGUUGCCAUUCCUGCCAUAAGCUCUGGACUGUUCAACUUCCCCCUGCCACGAUGUGCAGACACCAUAGUGAAAACUGUGAAACACUAUUAUGAAAACUCUUACUCUCAAGACCAUCGUCCGCAAGACAUCUUCCUUGUAAACAACGAUGACCCUUCCGUCCAAGAAAUGGAGAGAGCCUGCAGUCAGAUCAUCGGUCAGAUAAAUAAUAAGUCAUACAGCCAGGCAGUGGUAAGCCAAACCAGAGGAGCUGCUGCUGCAAGAUCAACACCCACUGUCCAGAUUGGGAAUGUCCGUCUGACCCUGAAGAAGGGUAAAAUUGAGGAACAGCAGACAGAUGUCAUCGUCAACACUAUAUCAUCAGACCGAAACUUGAGCUAUGGUACAAUCUCGAAAGCUUUACUGGAGAAAGCUGGUCAUGGAAUGCAAAAGGAGAUUUACAGUGUUAAGCAGACUGGUGGAUAUGUCUUCGUCACAUCACCCCACAACCUGCACUGUAAAGCAGUGUAUCACACUUGUUGCUCUCUUAAUAGUGCACAGACUCCGCAACAGAUUCUUUUCAGUUCAGUAUCUGAGUGCUUAUGGGUGGCAGCUGCACAUCAUUGCAAAUCAAUUGCCUUUCCUGCGAUUGGGACUGGAGGCCUUGGAUACAGUAAAAAAGAAGUUGCCAUGAUCAUGUCAAAUGCAGUGACUGACUUCGCUCAUAAGUCCACACACAGGAUGGAUGUUCAUUUUGUCAUAUUUCCUUCUGACAACGACACAUACAAGGAAUUUGAGGAACAAAUAAGAUUUCUUCAAAGCCAAUUCAAAGUGCCUGAUACCAGCGUUUCACAUGCUUCUGGGCAUGAAGGUGACUUCCGUGACAAGAGAGCUCCCGCUCCACACAUCACCCUGAAUGCCUCCUCUGAUGAGGCCAUAUGUGAAGCUGAUUGUUGGCUCCGUAACCUUCUCUACAAGCCCUGUGACUUCCUCAAGAUUUCCAACAACUUCAUCCAGUACUUUGGCGAGGAAGAACAUCUGCAGCUGGCCCGUCUAAAAAAAGGGGGUGUUUCCAUUAAGGAGUCUUUUGAGAAUGGUCAUUUCUCCAUAAUGGUAAAAGGGGUUUCAUCUGAGGAUGUUGUAGUCGCUGGGUUACAGGUGGAGGCCAUACUCUGCAAGGUCCAAAAGGACUUUGUUGCUGAGGAAGAGAGCACCUUGCGCCUCAUGUCAACUGGGAAUGUGUCCUAUAAAAGAAAGCCAGUUGACCCCAACAGGGCAAAGUUCUCAUCUUCCUUCAAAAAACAGGGGCCCCAGGUUGUGAAGAUUGAGGAAGUGGAGAACCUCAAACUGGCGACGCUUUUUGGGCUAAAAAAAACCCAGCUUGGCUGCUCCAGUACUCGAACAAUGUAUCAACGCAUACCUGCACACUUCUGUGAGAUGGUCAGCCAUAUUGGAUUCCACACAGAGUAUGCACCACCUGAUGACCCAGCAUAUGGAGAGGGCAUCUACUUUGCUGAUUCAUUGAAGACGGCCAUGAAAGUGUGGAAGAACGGAGGAGAAAAAGAGGAGUAUCUGUACUUUGUGGAGGCCGAGGUGCUGACAGGAAAAGAUACCAGUGGUAAACGAGGUCUUAUUCUGCCACCUCCUAAGGAAAAAGAUCCACUUAUUCGGUAUGACAGUGUUUAUGGAGGAAAUGAUAUCUCUGUCAUAUUUAGUGGUUAUCAAGCUCUGCCCAGGUACAUUAUCACCUGUCAGAGAAACGUGACAGAAGUUUAGCCACUGUCCUCUUUGGCACAAAUACCAAUAUUAAGAAUG